UGAAAAUGCACCUUCCUGGGGGAAUGAGACGAGCGACGAACGUGUUGUUUAUAUGGAGUCCUUGAUUGCCGAGAACCAUCAGUUCCACCUUUUCGACUGGCCGGGGGGUGAUACAUCCAACCCUGAAUUCAUCUUCAAACCUGCAGUCCCAACCGUGCACAGGAAACAUACGGUCCCAAAGAAACAGCCUCUCAAAGUCAACAAAACUCCCAAGAAACGAGCCUCAUCAGCUCGCAAACAAAAGCAGAUAUCAAAUUACUUCAAACCCAAUGUUGGUGACGCUCCUCAUACCAACGAGUGGUUAGAAGCCAAAAUCAAAGAACACGACAUUGCGAUCGCUCAGCUGCAGUCAGACAAUCGUCGCCAUAGGAGAAAGCUCUUUCGGACCCACAAAAAACAAAGCUGUAAGCUGACCUCAGUGACCCCUAAGCUCCGCAAACAAAAACCAAAAAAACCCUCCAAGAAUAUCACCCUGGAGGAGAUAAACACACGAACAUUACGAACAUCUCCCC